CCAGCCAAUGGGGACGGAGCAUUAUGGGUUUUUUUUCCGCUUUCCUCGAACUUCUUGACAGAUUCGACUUCAGAUUGAGAGCGUUCAAGAUGGCUGCUACAGGUCCAAAGUAACAGCCUUGCCCACAGUCCCCUGUGCAUGCGGCUCUCUUAAGGUUGCAGCAUCCUCAGUUGUGUGCCCCCCAACCCUGCCCCCGCUCCUCCUGCUUCUCAUCAUGUCCUCCACCUCCUCUUACUCGUCGUCGGGGGAGACCAGCCCGGAGGACGUACCCCGUGGUGGUGGCACUAUCCGAGUCUACCUCCCCAACAAACAGAGGACGGUGGUGAACGUCCGGCAAGGACAAACCGUUUACGAGAGUCUUAAUAAAGCGCUCAAAGUGAGAGGCCUGAGCCAAGACUGCUGUGCUGUGUUCCGCCUGCUAGAAGGUCGUAAGAGACUGACGGACUGGGACACAGACAUCACCCCUCUGGUCGGAGAGGAGCUGCUAGUCGAAGUCCUGGAUGACAUUCCUCUUACCAUGCAUAACUUUGUACGGAAAACUUUUUUCAAACUGGCUUACUGUGAUUUUUGCCACAAGUUUCUUUUUAAUGGCUUCAGAUGUCAGACAUGUGGCUACAAGUUUCACCAGCACUGCAGCAGCAAAGUCCCCACUGUGUGUGUCGACAUGGAUACAGUGAGCAAACGGUGUGACAGCAAUUCCUGCACAGAUUAUCCUCAGAUACUGUUGCCUGAGAAUUCGCCAUCGCAGAGCAACCUCGCCUUAACCCCAGAGCCUGCUGGAUCAGGUCUCCUGUCCCCGACCUUUAACUUUCCAACAACAGGUGGAGACGGCCAGUCUCUACAGAGACAUCGCUCCACCUCCACCCCCAACGUCCACAUGGUCAGCACAGUGGACAUUACUAAUGUCGUCAUCAUUGAGGAAACACAGAAAUACAACACGAUAGGCCCAGAGCCCUCGCCCAAACCCCCCACCAGCCCACCCUCCUCUCUGGGCUCCCCCGGACGGAGGCUGCAGAAGUCCCCCUUAGAGCACAAGGAACGCAAAUCCUCCUCAUCCGACGACAAGAAGAAAGUGCACCGCGGAGGCUACAGAGACUCUAGUUACUACUGGGAGGUCCCCUAUCGAGAAGUCACCCUGCAGAAGAGAAUAGGCACGGGUUCCUUCGGGACGGUCUUCAAGGGCAAGUGGCACGGAGACGUGGCCAUCAAGAUCCUGAAGGUUAAAGAGCCAACGCCUGAGCAGCUGCAGGCGUUCAAGAAUGAAAUGCAGGUCUUACGGAAAACCCGCCAUGUCAACAUCCUGCUCUUCAUGGGCUUCAUGACUAAGCCCAACUUUGCCAUCAUCACCCAGUGGUGUGAGGGCAGCAGUCUUUACCGCCAUCUGCACGUCACAGAAACCAAGUUUGACACGAUGCGUCGCAUUGAUGUGGCCAGACAGACGGCGCAGGGCAUGGAUUACCUUCAUGCAAAGAACAUCAUUCAUCGAGACCUGAAAUCAAACAAUAUUUUCCUCCACGAGGGCUGGACCGUAAAGAUCGGUGACUUUGGCUUGGCCACGGUGAAGUAUCGAUGGAGUGGCUCCCAGCAAGUAGAGCAGCCCAGCGGCUCCAUUCUCUGGAUGGCUCCUGAGGUGAUCCGGAUGCAGGACAGCAACCCGUACACCUUCCAGUCUGACGUUUAUGGUUAUGGGGUGGUUCUGUUUGAGCUGAUGUCAGGAACUCUUCCUUACUCCAAUAUCAACAACAGAGACCAGAUACUGUUCAUGGUGGGGCGUGGUUACUUGUCUCCAGACCUUGGUAAACUGUGCAGCACCUCACCCAAGUCUAUGAAGAGGCUCAUCAUCGACUGCCUGAAGUUCAAACGGGAGGAGAGGCCCCUUUUUCCACAGAUCCUGGUAGCCAUUGAGCAGGUGCAGGAACUGAUGCCAAAAAUCGAGCGAAGUCGCUCGGAGCCAUCGCUUCACCGGGCCGUCCAGGCCGAGGACCUGAACCCACUCCUGUUCCACACCACCAGGCUGAUGCCCCUCUAGGCCCCGGCUGAGACGCAACAGCGUUCCUGUGCAUGAGAGGACACAGCUGGCUCUAAAGACAGAACACACCCACCACACCCCCACCCGGUACCCCGCAGAGCCCCGGAGCCGCACAGCUCAGUACCAAACUCUACAAGCAACCGCAACACUCUGCUUAGUGUGAUGGUGAACCUUACCACACAAAGACCUGAUGCUAAAGAAUAGGAUAACCCAGAGACACACUGCCUGCGACGCAGAGGGAGGGGCUUCUGAUGCAGGGAUGCUGCUUCUCGUUUCCCUGUUAGUCAGACCAGAGGAAGCUAGAAGUCAGGUUAACAACCCAGAGCUGCUGAUGUUCUGACACUUCCUCACUUUAUGACCAACCACCCAGCUCAGUGGGGGGUGGAGGUCUGAGGGGUGAAAGCAGGAACUCUUUUCUUAGAGGAUGACAAAUGUAGUCUUAAUAGGAACCUUUUGUAUGUACUGUUUUGAUCAAUAUUUGAACACAAUCACCAAACCAGCCAGUCUCAGGGCUGGGAGGGAAGCACUGAGGAGGUUCAGGUGAACUGGAGCUGACCUCCAGGUUUGUAGGACAGUGUCCUGCAGAGGUCAGCCAAAUGGGCCCCAGCAGCCUCUUCCCACCUUACUGGUGAAGGACAAACUGGUAGUCCUGAACCACACCAGAUCAGGUUUUAAAUAGCAGACCCCAUGAGCUUGAGAUGCGUGGUCAGAGUUCUGACUGGGAGUGGAGCCGUGGUCAGACCGCUGCAUGCUGAGGCACAGGAGGUCUGCUCAUACCUGACCUCUCUCUGGUAGCUGGCUGGGUGAAAGCUGGAGGGGUGAAGAGACGGUUGUUGUCCUUGUUCCUUUGGGUUGUGUGAGCUUCCUGCACCUUCUGUUGACAGACGCAGCCAAGUUCUCCAACAGGUUCACAGCCAGGUUUCACUGUGAACUCAGGCGGCUCCUUGGUGUUUCCUAAACUUAGGGUGAAAGUUUUGGAACCUCCAUGAGUAAUGACGCGGUAUCCAGGCAACAUGUUGGUCUUCUCAGGCUGCUCGGGCCGCUCUGUUGACCCUGACGGUUCACCAGGGCUCAGAUAGUCGGACUAAAUCAGAGCAGCUGAUGAGAUCUGUGCAAUUGUUUCUGUUUUGGAUUGGAAACCUUAGUGGUUAAGAAAAUUGAAUCUUUGGCUAAUAUUUCUGUCUGCUGAUGCCAGAACCAAACAUAAGCCAUAGUUGUUGCCUGCUUCGGCCUGUUGUUGGCGCAGGCAGCCAGCAGGGUGCUGACUGCAUCAUCAUCAGGGUGCGUUCAGGUUCAGUCAGUAGCUGUUCUGCCAUCGCCUCGCUGCUCCUUUUCCUGCUGGCUCAGCACACACCUCUCUAACUGCUGACUACAGCUCGGUGCCUUGGGGUUUGAUCUGCACCGUGAUCCAUGAUGAUGCUGCUGCUGCUGCUGAAUUCAAUUCUGCUUCAGUUGACCUGCCAGGCAGCAGCAGGUCAGUGUGCGCCAUCUGCUGGAUUACACAGUAAACUACAGCCUACUGCAGUGGUGGUCCUGGUUUUCACUGAGCUCUCAGCCCUGACCUUUGACCUGUGCUGGAAGCUCAGGAGUCUGUAGGCCUGUGAAGGAAGCGGCAUGUCCUGGUGUCUCCUCAAUUCUCUUCCCCCAGAUCAUUUUUCUUCCUGCCACAGUUCCCGUCACUUUGUGCUUCACAGCUGAUUAGAAAUGACUCCCAUCGGCCCGAUGUUCCAGAGGUCACCGCUUUCUGAUGCUAACAUGUCUCCUGGUGUCGAGUUGAACGAACAGCCAGCGUUUGAUCCUCCAUGUUCUGAUGGGGCUGGGUCCCCCCAACUCUGGAUGCUUCCUCCUGACUGGGCCAGAGCCGCUUUCUCCUCAUUAUUUUUUAAUCUUUAUUGAACAAGAAUGUACAAAGCAAAUAGCACAUCAAAAGACAUUCAAUACACAAAUAAACAAAUCUAGGAAAAAACAACUAAACUAGAUAAUUUUUUUUUUUUAAUUAGAAGCUUCAGGAAACUAUUUUUGUAAUUAGAGAGAAACAUGCUGCCUGUGUGUGUGUUCGUGUCCUGUGGAUGAUCUGGUCUGUGACCUCGGCUAGCCUUCCGGCUAACACGGUACCGUCUGCUCCUCCGCCACAAUGCUUCUCCUCAUGAACUCAAACUAGUUAGCAACAUUUAGCUCAUAGGAGCUUCACUACAGAACAGUUGCUGAUGGCAACGCUACGAAACUGUACAAGUAAUUUAUGUGGUGUGUGGAAACUUGAUCCUGAUCAGGGAUGUUUGAGUAGAACUUGAACGUUGGACCGGCGCGAGGCUGCUGAAUGAAACGAGCUGCUCUGUAACUUCCUGUUUAAACAGUAUGUUUUUUUUUUUUUUAUGUGAUUCCAUUUUAGAGACAAACUGUUCUGUGGCACAGGUCCUUCUCUACUGAUAGGGUCUCACUUAUGUGUUUGCUUGCAAUAAUUCUGGCUCAGUGUUGCAAUAUGGUGGCGUCUGGCUUCAGCCGCUGCCGCUCGUCUUAUUUAUCUGAAGCAGGAAGUAACGGCGACGGCCCUGUUCCAGUGGAUCUGCAGGGUCCCGCGCCUCGUCUGAGACACUGUGCUGCAUGUGGAGACUCACUGGGCGGGGUGGACCAAACUUUACACAGGUGUUAGUUUCAUAGAGUUAAAGGAAGAGAGAGCUGUAUCAGUAGUUUCUUUAUUUUGUUUCUUCAUAUCUUUUAGGUGAAUUGCAAUACUGUUGUUUCUGCGGCGUCAGGUGUUUUCAGUUUGCAAUAAACGGUGUAUUCUGCUGUGUACAGUUACAUUUUUUU